AUGAAAGUUCAACGAAAAACAAAAGGCUCCUCUCCUCCAGUAGUUAUGACGCAGACAACUCGUCGAAAAUCGAGUCGGCUCUCCUCGAUCAAUAACCCGAAUUCGGAAGUGGAACAAUUCAAUCUUUCAAUUACAAGUGGAUGUUCCACUUCAUUAUCUACGAAUAAUCGGACUCAACCGAAUUUGACCCGCAGCGUUACCUUACCAAACUUGAAUAUUGAUCAUGGUAAUGCACAGAAUGCAGAAGCAUUUGAUGACAAUUCCAUAAAUUCUUCCGAAGACAAUUAUUCAAACAUAAUCUUCAACCAUUCUGAAGGUUCCUCUUUUGGUCAAUCACGGCAAUCUUCCGUCUUAUCUGUUUCAAGAGACGCAUCAUUCUACGGCGCGGAAUUUGUGCGCAGCGAGUCACGUAGUUCCACUCCCUUAAUACUCUCGGAAAUAUCGAGUCUGCAAUCAGAUAUUUCUUCGGGUCUUCCUUCGAGAUCAUCAUCAGCAUAUCAAUCAGCAUUUAUAUCCGCCGAUCAGUCGUUCGCUUUUCACGACGAUCCCAAUGUGUCCAGGGAUAAUAUUAAAUUUGAUGGCGACUCGGGGAUUCAGCCCGGCUCAUCCUGUUUAAUCGAAGACACCGAAAUAAACUCUGAAAACGAAGAAAAUACGGAGCAAACACGAAGUGAAGAUCAAAGUCAGGAAGAGAUCCGAGGUUUUGUCUUCGAGUAUAUUCCACGAGUUUGGGGUACCAUCGAGGAACUAUGGAACGCAUUAGUUUGGUGGCUAUCAGGGAUGGAGUCAAAUUACAUUGAACCUCUGAGAAAUAGAGUUUUGAAUUUCAACGUCAUUAGGUUAAUGUGUAACAAUUCUCGAAGGAAUAACCCAAGUGAUCUCGGAAUUUGGCUUGGCGUGCUAAUAGUGGGCGUCUUACUAGUAGCCGUCAUACUGGGAUUGACAUUUUUUUAUGUCGGGAAGUCAUCACCGGAGGUCAUAAGCUUAGACGUGAGCAGCGGUAGUCACGAACUUGGACAAAAUGAUGAGCUUAUUAAGGCGGUUGUUGCGAAUCAGGUCAGAACGUUGUGCGCAGCCGAGGUUCAGAAAAGGAUUCCGUCGACAAAUCAAGAGAUGACCAGGUAUCGAUCGAACGCGGUACCUGAUGAAAAUGUAGUGGUCAUGGUGCGGCAGGAGGUUCAGAAAGCUGUGGAGGAAAUGUUGUACACAUACUCCCAAGAUAAGCUAAACAAAGCUGACUUCGCACUUUCUUCGGGCGGUGCAAAGAUCAUAAGUCGAUUAACGUCACCGACCUACGAACAAUGGCCAACACAAUGGUACAAAGUGUUACUGGCUUCCACCAUUGGCCAUGGCAUCACGAGGGGUAAACCUCCGGUUACAGCCAUUCAACCAGAUACUCACGUUGGACAGUGUUGGCCUUUUUCCGGCCAGCAAGGGCAAUUGGCUGUACUAUUAAGCAGACAAGUGUAUGUAACUGCAGUAACCUAUGACCACAUCAGCAAGAAGGUUGCGAUGGGCACAACUAGCGCGCCCAAAGAAAUUGAGGUUUGGGGAUUCGUCGAUGGCGAUCCGAAUGUGAAGGACACAAGAACUGACACGUUCCCGGAAUCUAUAAACGGGAACACUAUUAACGAACCGGGUUCGAAUAUAUUGGACUCAAAUCAUUUGCGCACUAAGAAUAGAGAACUUAAGCUUGGCUCGUCACCGAGUCACAUAUUCUUGGGCCAGUUUGUUUAUGAUAUUAAUGGUUCACCAAUACAGACUUUCGAGGUGAACAAAAUCAACAAACCUAUACGAGCUGUAAUUUUAAAGGUGAAUAGUAAUUGGGAUAAUCCGGAGUACACUUGUCUAUAUCGAUUCCGCGUUCAUGGCGAACGUUCCGACGCUCAAAACUAA